AUGUCUGUUUCACCCACUGUGGCAGAAGUUCAAUCUAUACCAUCGAAUUCUGAAGAGAUCAUGGAUCGUUUUUCAAAUCUUGGGCAAAUUUUCAAAGACCCAUCAGUGUACAACUAUGGUCUAGACAGGAUAAACUACUUAUAUCCAUGGACCGUGAUGAACUUAGUGAAUGGACAUCUCAAUUCAAACGAAAUGGCUGAAUUUCGAAAUCUACAUCAAGCUCCCAUGACUUAUCGGCGAACAGUACCUGAAGUCGAUGUUUCUAAUUUAAAAAAUAAAGACGGGGAUAUUGCAAAGAGCUCGAACCCGAUAAACGAUAAGUUAAAGGCAGAUCAAUUAUUCAUGCCAAAUCGACUACCCAAAGCUGUUUCGGAAUCGAAUCAUGAUCCAGGUCUCGAGACUUACUACCAAUCAGCUUAUGGAUACCCUUCGGGUGAUCACGAUAAAACGAUGCAACGAGUCUCGCCGUUUUAUUACGCCAAAUCUUCAAACGGAUUUUACAAUCCUUACGAGGUUUAUCGCAAGUAUUUUGCUGCCUUGAGGAAUGCUUUUCGAACGCGGAAUUUUGGACUGCCUGUUGGUAAUCAGGACUAUCCUCGAAAGGUGUUCCGGCAGUUUUAUGACCAAGGAAACGAUGGGAACGCACUUAGGAGUUCUCUUCGGCAUCCACAUCGUCGGGGGCAAGAAAACAAAAAUCCUUACAGGAAAAAGAAUAUUCUUGGAUUGGACAAAGAGGAAGUCCAGCAAUUUAAAAACACAGGAUCAAAUUCUCGUUAUCUUUAUCGAACAGGUCGCAAAAACCAACAACGCGAGACAACCUUCAAAAUGAAAAGCAAAAAACGCACAGAUUUGACACAUGCAAAAUUUGACGAUUAUUUCGAUUCAGGAGAAAUUUCGAAAACAAUGGAUCCAUUAUACAUAGAGCAGGAUACACCAGUAGAUCAAGCGGUGUCUUUCGGUUAUAGAAGUCCACUCUAUUCGUUGAAUUUGUCUAAACAAAAAGCGGAUUUUCCUCUCAUCGAAACUGAUGACGAUUCGCCAAUUCCUUUAAGGCCUACUGAAUUUAAUGGCGACCUACCAAGUGUCGAAGAAUAUUCGAUACGAGAUGACCGAAACCUAAUCCAGCCUCCAGAUAAUUACCAUCCAGAGAUCAAGAAUCAAAAUCCGUACAUGUCAAGAGGCCCAGGAUCCAAUCUCAUAGAGGGUGAUCUUGACUAUCUGGAUAAUCCAGGUAACAUUUUUAUUGGACGAAAAACGGCGAUACCAAGUAGUACAUUUGAAAUGGAUCAACAUUCAAAAGACGACGAGUCAAUAUCGAGAAAAAUGAUCGAGGGCACGAAUGAUCAAGAUUUAUCUUUAGAUAAUUUAAAUAGGCCAUUCACAAAGCCGAAAAUUGAUGAAUCGAAACCUCCAGCAACUGAUCCUACAGAGACGAUGAUGGGUUAUACUUAUGACAUGGAGAAUAGUAACGAGAGCGAAGAUGACACAUUGAAAUUCUUAAAAAAGGUUGAAAAUUUAGAAGUUCAACGGAAGAUCGAUGAAUCUGGAAAUGAGGGGAGAAUUUCAAAUAAACAUUAUUCACCCAGUAAUGAGAAUGUUUAUGGGACGAAUAAUGAUCAAGAUAUAUAUAGUUCUGAAUUUCAAAGUCAUUCGAAGGAUAACUCUGUAUCUACAGUGGCUCAACCUAUGGUCGAUCAGGAUACCAAUUAUGAUUACACGUACGAUUAUGAGGAAAGCGCUUCCAAUCAUCAUAUUGAACAGAUAGGAUCAGUGCUGAAGAUGAUGCUGGCAAUAAUGACUACGAUAACAAGAACGAAGAGGUGAACGAUUACCCGGAUCAAUCCAGUGAAAUUUAAAAAAAUCGUGCCAUCGAAUAGCGAAGAUAAAUUUGAGCUCUUGAGUAUCGAAUACAAAGCGAAUGAUGAAUCAUAGGAACCGGUUAAUAAUUUAUCACCCGCUAAAGAAGAAACCGAC